UUGCUGGCUCCUGCGAACGAAAAUGCAGAGGAGAAGUAAUCGACCAUCGCCAUUGCCAGUGGCAUCUCCUGCUCCAGAGGAUAACCAUUCUCCGCUCAAAUCAACCAUUUUCAACAAAAGGAAGAGGACUAUAGCAGCUAACGCCUCCCAUUCGACUCCAGCUUCCGCUUUCUUCAACCUCCAGUCCUCACCGCCUAAUCACAAAACCCUAACCACCAUCUCCGAUCUCAAGGAAUUUGCGUCUUUUCGACUGGAGGAUAUAAAGCGUAACCUCAUCGACCGAUCUCACUCUGAGAUUCUUAAGGAUCUUGACGCCUCUCACUCGCGCCUCCAUAAGCGCUUCAAGAUCCAGACACAAGCAUGCCAACAAGCGAUUGAGGAAGCUGAAAAGGAAUACAAGAAGAUAUUGGAAAAGAUUGAUGAAAGCCAUGAAGCAAUGAAAGCUUCAUAUGCAGAAUUCAUGGCAGAUGCACAAGCCACUGCUUCCCGUGUUUGCAAAACUUCCAUUUCUGAGCUUUCUAAGUCAUUUGAGAAACGAAUUGACGAUCUCCGCAACCAAUUUGGAAUGCCAUCCGCUUAGAUUUGAUUCUGAAACUGAACGACAAUCCCCUCUGGAUCUUCUUUUCUGGAACUGAUGAAAAGCAAUUUGGCUUUUGGAGGACCUGUAUAAUUUGCAGACCAAUGGAAUUUUAUUGUUGGACAAAUAGUGUGUGUAGUGUAUUGCUAAUGUCGUGGUAGCUAGCUGUUUCUGAUUUGGAAAAUUUUAAGCUUAAUUAGCUAAAACAGAUCAAAAAUAAAAUGUCGGCUCAGGUUCCGCUAACAAUUUUAGGUGGAAGUAGAAAUCAUCUCAACACAUGGGCAAAAACAUACCUCAAUGAAA